AUGGACAAGAAUUACGUGGAUCGAAUUUACCUGCGAAGAAAGAUCAUGAACGAGCAUACCGACACUGUCCUGGCUGCUGAAGACAGUGUCAAGUCAGCUGUCGAUGAGUUCUACUCCUGGCUUCUGGGAUCUUUUCUUCCUACACGGUUUCCCAGGAUGUUUGUAUUGGAGCACACAGGUAACAAGGAAGACUUCCUACACAGCUUGGUGACAGACGAGAAAAUCCCCCUGUCUCCUGCCGAGAAGCCGCUAGAAACCCUUGAACGAAUGGGAGGGCUCGUCGACGAUGACUUUCUAUUCUUGUUACCCUCAGCUGACGGAGAUGGGUACACCUUGAAGGGAUUUGUGACAUGCUUUCCAAACGGAUUCAACACAUUUCAAAAGUUGAAUCUCAAAUUGAGGGACAUCCACAAGCCUGUUCCGCAUUACAAAAAAAAGCUGGAAAAAAGCAUGGAUCGGUAUUUCGCAAGGUUGCCAACUGGAAAGUUUGUCAAGCGAGCCAAUUGGGCCAUUACAACUACAGACGAGCUUUUCACUCCCAGUGGUAACCACCUUUACGAAGGCGAAAAGAUUCAUCAGGAGGAGAUCGAUAUCAGCAGCACUCGUCUCCGUUGCGAAAGACAGGUCCUGCACCGGCUACCGCGGAGUCGUGCGCUUCUCUUCUCAGUUAAAACCUUAACAUAUACACUGCCAGAGAUCAAAGAAGAAGGCCUUGGCAAGGCUCUCGCGGAAGCAAUUGAUGGGUUGAGAGAAGGGAAUGCGCCAGAUCUCCACUUCUAUAAACGGGCUGCAGUGUGGGGAGAGCCCGUGAAGCUUUUCCUCACUAGUUGA